AUGUCCACCUCACAGGUUUUGAAAUGGUUUCCCUGGCUGCAGACUCCGGUAAUUGCCAGCGCGCCUAUGGCGGGGCCUGUCAGUCCAGAACUCGCAGCUGAAGUGUCCAAGGCGGGUGGUUUGGGCUUCUUGGGCUGCAUCGCAGAUCUCAGCGAGAACUCAUCGCAAGUCGUUCGGCUUGAUGCCGAGCUCAUCAAGAUCCGCCAGCUCCUCGGCGAUGACGCCACCACGCCCUCCGGCCACCUCCGCAUCGGCGCCGGCUUCCUUACCUGCCACAAAUCCGUCGUCAACUUCGAGGUCACGACUCUGCCCAUCAUUCAGAAGCACAAACCCGCGGCGGUGUGGCUCUUCGCGCCUCACGAGAGCAUCCGGCCGCAGAAGGAGAUUGUUCGGCUGCUAAAGGGGCUUGAGACGCCGCCACGGGUGUUUAUUCAGGUGGGGAACGCGACGGCCGCGAAAGAAGCCAUCGAAGAUGGCGCGGAUGUGGUUGUCGCCCAGGGGACGGACGCGGGAGGACAUCAGUAUGUAAGAGGGAUGGGCGUGGUGCCGUUGUUGUCUGAAGUGAGGAAGUUGGUUGAUGAGGGGGGUUAUGACGUUGCGGUUUUUGCGACGGGAGGCAUUACAAACGGGAAGGGAGUGGCGGCUAUGCUGACGCUUGAGGCUGAUGGCGUGGUUAUUGGUACAAGAUUCAUCGUUGCCAAGGAAAGCAUCCUACCCGAGUUCCGGAAGAAGAUCGUCCUCGAUGCAGUUGAUGGCGCCCUCUCGACGCUCAAAUCCACCUUCAACGACAAGAUUGCCGAUUCUGAUCUUUGGGGCUCCCUUUAUGACGGCAGAGCCGUUGUCGGCCCCAUACAUGAAAAGUUUCUCGCCGGGGCGUCGUUUGAAGAUUGCCACAAGAGCUUGAAGGAAGACUAUCCUCCUGAAGAGAGCGCUCGAUUGAUUGAUACUUGGGCAGGUGCUGGCAUUGGACUGGUGACAAAAGUGCAACCUGCAGGUGAGAUUGUGCGCGAAGUACGUGAGGAAGCCAAGCAGGCUAUCCGCAAAGUUGCAGCUCGUUUCUAA